AUAUAGCCAACUGUAACUUUGAACAACUUUCGAGCACUUGCGGCUACAUUACCGGAACCUCGGAGAAUUCAUCGUUUGCAUUUUUCAAAACUGAAUACUGUGGUGGUAUGGAUCACACACCAUUUGGUCCAGGCUCCAUGAUGUGUGCCCGGCAGUGUGACGGUAAACAAUCUUCAGAUGGAGACAUUGCAACCCUUGAAUCACCAACUUUCGAACUAAAACCUUCAGAAGACAUCUCUGUUUCAUUUUUCUUCCGUAUGUAUGGAGAUAUGACCUCUCUAGAUAUCUCUGUAGGGGCAGAGGAAUCUAAAAAUGAUUCUGUACCACUCUUUGUAGCCCAUGGAGACCAUGGCUAUAGGUGGUAUGAAGUGUGUGCCAAUAUACCACUGACACCGACAAACAAGCAAAUGACCUUGACCGCCAAUGCAAUACAUGGGUCUAAGUGUGAUGGGAUUUACGCUUUGGAUGACAUUGAAUUCCGGUACAGUAAAUGUUCAG